AACUCGGGUUAAAAAAGAUAAGGGACUAGGCGAAGCACUCGAGCGCUGCCUGCUUGGCGUCGGAGGGUUUCUCGCAGCGCGGUUGACAAAGUUGGUAAACAGCAUUUUUUUACGAUGCUCACCCUGUCGUGUCUUCUAGUUUUGAGCACAUCACUGUGCUUGUCCGGAAGCGGUGAGACUGCGUCAGCAGGCAGCCCUAACAUCCUGUCUGGCAGCGACAUUCUGGGCGAUCAACCAAAUGCAGACGUGACAGAUACCGACGAUCAGUGUGCCCUGCGGAGCAUUGCCGAGCGCUUCGACUGUCACCCGGAGCACAACGCCACUGAAAAGGCGUGCCACGCCAGGGGUUGCUGCUGGAGGAGCGGCGCAGGGGAUGGACCCGACGUUCCGCUCUGCUUCUUCCCCAAGGACUACAUCGGCUACCGAGUGAUAGGCAUCGCCUCGCACGACGAGGGCAUCCGCCUCAAGUUGACCCGGCAGACUCCUUCGGGCGUCGACGAAGACGUGCAAUCGGUUGACGUCGGCGUCGUCUACUACGGUCGGGACACAGUCAGAAUAACGAUCGUUGAUGCAACGCGGGAGCGCUUUGUUCCCCCUUUGCCAGAGAUACCCACAAAAACGUUCAAGGGGAGGCGGGACUACAUCGUCAACGCUUCAGAAUGUGGUGUACUCAGUGUUCAACGCUUGGACGAGCACAACACAACCUUAUUCAGUGCAAACCUAUCGCGGCUUGUGUUCACGGGCUACUUCCUCCAGCUGUCGACGUUGAUGCCCACUGAUCUCGUUUACGGUCUUGGAGAACAGUGGACAUCCCUGCGACGCAGCGUCGACUGGAAGCGCUACUAUCUAUUCACCCGAGACGGCUGGCCUACGCCCAAUCUCAACCUUUACGGAGCACAUCCCUUCUACGUGGCUCUGGAACGUGGCGGAUCCAGCCACGGCAUAUACCUUCACAACAGCAAUUUUAUCGAGGUCCUGCUGCAGCCAACGCCGGCGGCCACGUUUCGCACCCUCGGGGGCGUGCUUGACUUCUUCGUUUUCACGGGCACCAGUCCUGGACAUGUGGUGCAGCAGUACCAGCGCGUGGUGGGAUUCCCCGCCAUGCCUCCGUACUGGGCCCUCGGCUUUCACCUUUGCCGUUACGGUUACGGCACGCUCAACAGGACCCGAGAAAUCAUGGAGAAAAACAUCCAAGCCGACAUACCUCUGGACGUCCAGUGGAACGACAUCGACUACAUGGACAGUCUGAACGAUUUCACCUACGACAAGUAUAGGUACGCUGGUCUUCCAGACUUCGUUGCGAAAGUCCAUGAGGGAGGGCGUCACUACGUCAUGAUAUUCGACCCGGGAGUGAGCGGAAGCGAAAUGCCCGGCACCUAUCCGCCGCUUGAUGAAGGACUUGAGAUGGACGUUUUCGUGAAAAAUGUGACAGGUGGAAUUGUGUACGCCAAGGUGUGGAACAAGGUGAGCACCGUGUUCCCUGACUUCACGCAUCCCAACUCGACUCGUUACUGGACAAGGCAGUUCCGAAGAUUCCAUGACGCGGUGCCUUUCGACGGAGCCUGGAUAGACAUGAAUGAGCCGUCAAACCGUUACGACGGCCACAAGGACGGAUGCCCACGUGACCAGAAAGUGGAGCGUCCACCUUACAUUCCGGGCCACGAUCCCCUCUCCAUCCACACGUUGUGUAUGAGCGACCAGCACUACAUUUCUUCUCACUACAACGUGCACAGCGUCUACUCGCAGCUGGAAGCCAAGGCCACUCACCGGGCGUUGGUCGAGAUCCGCCAGAAGCGUCCGUUCAUUAUUUCGCGGUCCACCUCUCCGGGUCAAGGUGCCUGGUCCGGUCAUUGGUCGGGAGACAUAAAGUCCAGCUGGGGAGAUCUAAGGCUCAGCAUACCUAAUGUUCUCAGUUUCGGCAUGUACGGCAUACCUCUGUCCGGUGCGGACAUAUGCGGUUUUCACGACAACACCACCGUGGAACUGUGUGCCCGUUGGCAAGUUGUGGGAGCGUUCUAUCCGUUUGCAAGAAAUCACAACUCCCUUUCCAGCAAGGACCAAGACCCGUACAGUAUGGGACCUGAGGUGGUGCGAGCCACCAGGAGUGCCCUGACCGUCCGCUACGCUAUGCUGCCCUAUCUGUACACACUUUUCUACAGGAGCCACGUCUUUGGAGAGACUGUAGCCAGGGCACUUUUCUUCGAGUUUCCAGAAGACCCCCACACCUACGACAUCGAAGAACAGUUUAUGUGGGGAUCAGCAUUGCUCAUAUCACCAGCUUUGCACAAGGCGCAAACAGAGGUGGAGGCCUAUGUUCCGCGAGGCACGUGGUACGACUUGUACAAUGGUCGACGUUUCGAACAACCCUCGGGCGGCUACCAUUAUUUCCCGGCGCCCAUGGACAAGGCGAACAUCCUAGUUCGCGGAGGUCACAUCGUGCCGAUGCAGGAGCCGGCUGUUACCACCACAAUGAGCCGCAAGAACCCGAUAUGGCUCUUUGUGGCGCCAGAUAACCAGGAAAAGGCCCGAGGCGCCAUGUACUGGGACGACGGAGAAUCUCUCGAUGCCGUGCAGAAGCAGGUGUGCAGCAUGUACAACUUCACCCUGGCGAAGAACCUAUUGACCGUAAACCACGUGAAGAGAGGCAGUAACGAUACGCUGACGUUUGGCGGAGCCACCGUGACCGGCGUAGAUGAGCAACCUGACUCGGUCAGAAUUGUUGGAGGACGUCCUCUCAGAUUUUAUUAUUCACACGUUGAUCAGAUGCUGAAAAUUUUCGACGUCGCCCAGCCCAUGGACGAGGACUUCAGCAUUACGUGGUCCAAGGCAUCUUGAAAACUAAAUACGUAUUAUUGUCC